AAUGCGAUGGCGACGAUUCACAUCCUGCGCCAUGGGCAGGGCCGCCACAAUGUCCAGAGAGGCUACCCAUACAGAGAUCCUCCUUUGACAGAGGUUGGAUGCGAACAAGCCAAAGCUGUGCGACGAACCUUGACCGUGAAGCCUGAUCUUAUCCUGGUGUCUCCUAUGACCAGAACCAUUCAGACUAUGAAUAUCGUGUUUGGUCACCUCUUCAACGACUCUUCUGGGAGCAAGAAAGUCGAGGUUCAAGUCUGGCCUGAGCUGCGUGAGGCGCAUGACGCAAUCUGCAACAAAGGAAUAUCACGAACAGAACUUGCUGCCAAGUUUCCUCAUCUCGACUUUUCAGCAUGUCGCAGGCAGUGGGACUACUCGGCGCACAGUCCUGAGAGAGCGACAGCUCGAGCUGAGAGAAUUCGGCGGCGCCUGAGUGCCCUUGCUUCGUCUGGCAAAUACAAGAACAUUUCUCUCGUCACUCAUCGUGGCCUCGUUGCGUUUUUAGUGCAAGGUCCAAGAUUUAGUGUUUGCGAGCAUCGUUCGUAUCAGUUGGCUUCGGGGGAGGAAGUGGAUAAGAAACGGCUCGGCGUGAAUAUCGAUACAGGCCUGGAACAGGAUUUUGGUCCGACCUUGCUGGUUCCUAAGGUCCAGGGGGAAACGGCUAGGCUGGGGGCGUGA